CAAAAUACGGAAGGCAUUGUUGCGUUUGCUGUCGUACAGUUUAGUAGUUUAUUUUUUUUGUGGUGACGCUACUUUAGCGUAUAUCUUCAACAUUCAUCUUAACUUAUCAUCAUCAAUGAAUUCGAAGCACGUCUCGAUAAAACAUUAUGUCACAUUAGGUGAAGUGUUUAUGUAGUAUUAACUUAAAAUCGCACGUCCAAGUCGAGUGUCAAAACUUGUCAAGAUCAGCUGACUUGCCAAAAAAAAAAAAAGUUGUCUGGUGUGAACCAUCGAAAAACCCCUUCAAAAAGACACAGACAAAAUGGAGCAGAAACGCUUAUACAAACUCGUUUUAACAGGAGGACCAUGUGGAGGAAAAACUACUGGACAAACUCGGCUCUGUACCUUCUUUGAAAAUAUGGGAUGGAAGGUAUUCCGUGUUCCCGAGACAGCGACCGUGCUGCUCAGUGGCGGUAUCAAAUUUUCAGACCUGAACGCAGAAGAGGAUGAUUGCAGUGAAAAUAGAGAAUAUUCUGAUUCACAUAAUGUGGGAAAUUUAUCAUCAAAAUGGAAAAUCUCAAUAGAAGAAGAAGCCAAAUGGCCUCAAAUUUUCAUAGUUGAUUCCAGUGAGGCAUUCAAAUUUCAAGAGAAUCUUCUGCGAACUAUGAUCCAAAUUGAAAAUACAUUUUUUCAACUGGGCGAAAGUUGUUCCCGAAAUUGCCUUAUAAUCUGUGAUCGUGGUGCUAUGGACGCCUCUGCAUUUAUUUCAAAAGACAAAUGGGAAUUGAUGAUGGCCUCGAAUGGUUGGAACAAUGUGGAAUUGCGCGACAAUCGUUACAAUCAAAUAAUUCACAUGGUCUCAGCGGCGAACGGUGCUGAGGAUUUUUAUUCAACCGAAGAUCAUGUAUGUCGUUCCGAAGGCGUUGAACUUGCCCGUGAACUUGACUAUAAUGCCGCCGCCGCAUGGGUUGGCCAUCCCUAUUUCGAUGUUAUUGACAAUUCUCAAGAUUUUGAGAGUAAAAUUUGUCGAAUGAUUGAAUGUGUUUGUCAAAAAUUGGGCAUCGAUACGGGCGAUCGACUUCGUGCAAGUAGCAGAAAAGUGAAAUUUCUCGUCAAACCACCACUACCACCGGACAGCGAAUUUCCACCGUUUCAAGAUUUCGAUGUUGUACAUAAUUAUUUGCAAGGAAACACACCGAAGCUUCAGGCUCGUCUUCGUAAACGCGGUCAAAAAGGUCACUGGUCCUACAUUCACACGAUUCGACGACCAAAGAUGUGCGGACAAGUUGUUGAAGUUAAAACACAAUUGACGCAUAGAGAUUAUUUAAAUAAUUUGGCUCAAAGGGACGAUUCACAUUUUACCAUUUUUAAACGUCGUCGUUGCUUCUUAAUCAAUAAUCAGUAUUUCCAAUUGGAUAUUUAUAGAGAGCCAGGACAUCCUAGAUGCAGGGGAUUAAUGUUACUUGAAACAUACACAGCAUUAAGUGGUGAUGAUUUAAGAAAAAUUUUACCGCAAUUUUUAACAAUUGAGAAGGAAGUUACCGGCAAUCCCGAUUACAGUAUGUUCAAUCUCAGUCUUCGAGAAGAAUGGAACGAUACAAAUAAAUAUUGUCGUAACUUGCAUGAAUACGCUCUUCCAGGCACGCCCGAGAAACCACUAAGCACAACAAAAUGUCAACCUGACGACAAAAUGGAAUCAAAUAAACAGCUAAAUGGCAUCGAGAAGAAAAAAAUCGAUACAGAAACAACAGUCAAUGGAAAUGGUAUUGAUGCAAAAAUUGUUCAAAAUGGCAUUCACGUUAUGACGAAUGGCGUCACAAAUGGAUUAAAACACAAUGGGCAAACGAAAAAUGCUACAGCCGUCGUCACGAAAUAAAAAAAAACAACAAAAAGAAAA